AUGUCGGUGACGCUGCAUACCACCCACGGGGACCUCAAAAUUGAGGUCUUUUGUGAAAGUGUCCCUAAAACUGCAGAGAACUUCCUCGCUCUCUGUGCAUCCUCCUACUAUGAUGCCUCCCCCUUCCACCGACUGAUCCCAUCUUUCAUGGCCCAAACCGGGGCACCCGCCAACCCUUCCCCACCCGACAACCCCAAAGGCGGGCGGUCCAUCUACGGCCCAACCUUUGAGGACGAGAUCCGGCCCGGCCUACGGCACCACGAGCGCGGCAUUCUCAGUAUGGCCAACAAGGGCCCGCACACCAACGGCAGCCAGUUCUUUGUCACAUUCGCCGCGGCACCGCAUCUCGACGGGCUGAAUACCGUGUUUGGGAAGCUGUUGGGGGACGAGAGUCUCGCGACGCUGGCGAAGAUUGAGGCGGUCGAGGUGGAUCGGAAGAAUCGGCCGGUGGAGUCGGUUCGGAUUGAGAGGGUUACGGUGCAUGCGAAUCCGUUGGCGACGUGA